GGUAGUUACAUACGUGAAAAGAGAGGAGGAAGAGAAAACUGCGAACGACGGAGAUAGUUGAAAUAAGUUGACCCCUGUCUCCGCGGUCGAGCGCGCUCGUUCUGCUCGGAACGUCCAAGCACGAAAACGUUACGUUGGUGGGUCCGUCGUAAAUUGAGUUACGUCUCGUCGUACGGUUCGAACGGUUGCGUCGUGUAUAGUACCGUGUGUGUGCAUCUAUCUAUAUAUAUAUAUAUAUAUAUAAAUAUAUAUAUAUGUGUGUGUCAAUGGUUCGUUAUUAACGGUGCAGUGCGGCCUGAUACACCAGAAGAUAAAUUAUGAUGGUCUGAUCGCGGUUCCAACAUGACUGUGGAUUUCGCCGACUACUUUUGGGGCGAAAAGAAUAAUGGAUUUGACGUGUUAUAUCAUAACAUGAAGCAUGGUGUAGUUGCAAGUAAGGAGUUGGCUGAUUUUUUAAAAGAACGAUCAGCCAUAGAAGAAAACAAUUAUAAACUUCUGAGUAAGGUGGCCAAGCAAGUUGGCAAUACCAGUAGUACUCAAGGAACAUUUGCACCUGUAUGGGCUGCUCUGAGGGGUGCAGCUGAAAAACUUGCAAGCUUGCACUUGCAGAUGGCCCAGAAGGUCACUGAAUUGAUAAAAGAUGUAUCAAAAUAUGCAGAUGAACUGCACAAAAAACACAAGGCAGUAAAGGAGGAAGAGUCAUCCACUUUGGAAGUUGUGCAAAGUAUACAAAGUAUUACAGUGACCUUACAAAAGGCAAAAGACAUGCGUAUGCAAAAGGGUCUUGAAUUGGAGAAGUUGAAGAAAGAUAAUGCCAGUCAGAAAGAGUUAGAAAAAGCAGAGAUGAAAUUCAAAAAAGCACAGGAUGAUUAUAAAACUUUGGUGGACAAAUACAUGGUUAUAAGGAACGAUUUUCAGACCAAAAUGACUCAAGCUUGCAGGAGAUUCCAGGAUGUAGAAGAAACACACCUAAAACAUAUGAAGGAGUUUUUAAAUAUCUAUGCGGAUGUCUUACAAACGAAUCACGAACAAGUUGGCCAAGUCCACAUUGACUUUAAGCGUCAGUGUCUAGAUAUGACAGUGGAUAAGUUACUAGAGCAAUUUGUUCAAAGCAAAUACACAGGUUUCGAGAAGCCAGAUAUAAUCGAAUAUGAAGAAGUCAUGACAAAUUUAGGAGAUAUGACCACUCAUUCUCAAUCAGAUGGCAAUGUUGAGACACCUAAGGAAACAUCGAAAGGAGCUAAUGGAGAAACAGGAGUCGCUGGUAACACUCACAGUUCAAAAAAAGAUCAGGGAUUAAAAGGGGGGGGUAAUCAGGUGGAUGAGGAAAAGGGGAGGGUACAAGAAAAAGAAAAUGAAAGACUGAAUGAAAGGGAUAGAGAACUGUCACAUGCACAAGCCACCAAGGCUUCCCGCCGUACUACCUCGCUACUCAACCUGUUCAUGUCCAACUCCCAGGACAAACAGAAGCAAGCAGGGUCUGGUUCGGCACCUGCAACUCCUCAGGGGAACAACCUGCCUCCUGCUGUUCCACCUCCCAGCAUCUCCAGGAACCCUCUCAGAGGAUCUAAAUUGGUAACGCGUAUUAUGGUUCCUCCACUCUGCACUCUUUUAGAUCAGCAGUGGUUUCUUCGCAGCAGGAGAGAAAAGCGAAAGGAAAAGAAAGCGAAGAAGAAGAAGGAUAUCGUGGAGACGAGCAGCAACAAAGAAGAAAAGUCUGACCUGGAGGACAAGGAGGACAGCAGAAAGUCGGAGACACCGACACCGGAAGUGGACGAGGAUGGUUUCUGUAUCAGACCAAAAUCAGACCCGUGGGAGAACGAGAAGGGAUUCUACUCCAGCUCGGACACCGACUCCGAGGACGAGAGGGAGAGAAAGAUCAGGGUGGAAAUCAAACCUCUUAGCAAUGGCGGGGCACCUAUGAGCGCCAGCGUGGACGAGCUGAGGGCGACUGUCGAGAAUUUGUCGCUGUCUCCUGCGCCGACGGGACGUAGAGGAUCGAACACCGACUCAGAUCACCAUAUGAAAAGGUCUCAGUCAGUGUCACAACAAUUAGGAGGUAAGCCAAGCUCAGAUUUACUUGGCCUAAACUUGUUCAAUCCCAGCAGUACGCCAUCGAGCGCCUCAACGCCGACCGGUAGCCAUCCGUACGCGCCACUGCAAAGCCCCCCGCCACUGUCUUCGUCGCCGACGCCUCAGCCACAGCCGCCACAAUCUGCACCACCUACACAUCCCCAUUCACGAUUCCCCGAUGGCGACUUGUUCUCGGAAGUGGGGGACAUCACUCCGGCCUUACCCCCCAAGCAAUCCGCAUCUUCCACCCCGACAGGAUCAAUUAUCAUUCCCAGACCACCGUCCCGAAGAGGAGAAGGUCCCUCGCCGAGGGGUAGAAUGUCGCCGGCCACGAUAUCCAGAGCGGACAGCGUGGCCAGUUUAGAGUUUCGCACCGCCGGCGUCGGAGUCGGCUCCUCGAGGGGUCCUUCUCCUUUGACGAUUGGGUUGGCGGACACUAUUCCGUUGGCGGUUGCAUUCCAUGAAAUAGUACAUUCUUAUUUUCGCGGCACCGACGAGACGCGAUGCCAGGUGAAGCUUAGCGGUGACAUGAUGCUGUCGUUCCCCGCCGGUAUCGUCACCGUGCUGGCGAACAACCCGAGUCCUGCGAAGCUCACCUUUCGCGUGAGAAACAGUAACAGAUUGGAAAAAUUGUUCCCUAAUAAUCAGCUCGUCAGCAUGGAUGCCACACAGACGACCGUCGACAGUACAAUUUUCGAAUUCAAUAUGAGUGCCUUAACUACAUUGUUGCGCAAGCAGGCUGAACAAAAUCCCUCGGCUUCCUAUUUUAACGUUGACAUACUCAAGUAUCAAAUCAAAUGCAAGGAAGGCGCGGGCUCCUGUCCCUUCCAGUUGGUAGCGUACUGGAAGUGCGAGUCGACUCACACGGAUCUCAAGAUCGAUUAUAAAUACAACAGCCGUGCUAUGGCUUCGCCGAGUCCCCUGCUGAACCUCCACGUGGCAGCGCCUAUAGACGGCGGCUUCAAGUCCUUGAACAGCAAACCCCAAGCUCAAUGGCUGUCAGAGACGAAUCGAGUAUUGUGGAAGUUCACGGAACUGUCCCAGCACAGCGAGGGUAACGGCGUAGGCUCUCUGAAGGCGCGGGUUGAGCUUGCACACGGGCCUGGGAACCAGGGAACGAUAUUCACUCAGUUCAAUUGCGAAGGGACCACAUUAUCCGGCGUUGAAUUCGAACUGCUGGGUCCGGGCUACAGAUUAAGUUUAGUCAAGCGCAGAUUCGUCUCUGGGAAAUACAUAUGCGACGGAGAUUCCGACUCGAGAAGCAGAUAUGCCGCACCACCAUCGAACGUAGAUUGACGACUUCCAGAAUGGGCGCCUCAAUGGGAGAGUCAGCCCAUUUAAUAUUGGUAUUUGCUUGUUCAUUCACUGCCCAUACCACGACUAAUGUCCGUCGGAACACGAACUCGGCGUGGGAAAGCCUGUUGGAUACCAAAGAAUGGCGUGCGAUACGAUUCCGGUUGUCUAGUAGGGCAAAUUAUUUGUACAGAAGCCGCGGUUACGCGAUAUCGAAGUUAGCGGAAUGUUAAUUCGUUUGAACGCGAUUCAAAAGGGCCUCGCGUGCCGGGAAAUGGACGGGCGAAGGAUCGUCCGGACCCUUUGGCCGGCGACGACGAUGAAAUGUGUACGUAUAGGGAUACGAUCCGGGCGCGGGAAACUUGAACGGAGAUAUUUGAAAACAUAGUCGGACAUCGGAAGUCACUCGCUACCUGAUGAGAACGGCGUUCUGAUAUGUGUUUUAUAUCUUGUAUAUUUUUCAAUUUUCUAUAUGAUAUGUCCUCGAUUAGAUUGUACUAUUUUUAGUAAACGUUUGUAUGACGCGAAACGAGAUUCGAACGACGAAAGACGACGACGGGUGGAUUAAUCGAAAGCGAAACACCGUCGGGGAGCUAACGGAAGAAGUGGUUUGUUCGCAUAAAGCCUUUGGUGUCCAGCAUAUUUUUCGCCACGAUAUUCUCGCCAUAUUAUUGUGUCUAUAAUAAUCAAAAUACGUUACGACUUUUUUUACGUAAAACAAAAAGAAGAAAAAAAAAAGUAUGCGAUUAAAAGAAAGGAAAGAUAAAGAUGGAUGAACACGCUCUUUCUCUCUCUAUCUCUCUCUCUCACACACACUCUCUAAAGGAAAUCAUCAAACAGUACAACGUCUUUAAUCUAUUGUUAUACCUUGUGUUAUUUUAAUAUAGUUACUGUAUUAGUAUCGUUAAGUGGUUUUCUGGAGAAGUGUAAAGGAUCUGUACACGCCAAUUUUAAUUACUUCUGUAAAUUUAGCAUUUAUGUUUUACACGAACGGGGCUCCACUGAUAUCCAGUCGUCGUUCGUCGACGACGUAUUAACGGUGUCGUGUCGUGUAACCCCGAUCUGUACAUGUAUAGAUACACACGUACGCAAAAAGGGUAUUGCAAAAUUUACUGUUCACGGCUAAAGAGAAGAAAAGAAUGAAAGAAAACCCAUAGAAUUGUUUAUUUGUCGUGUUGCGAUUGAUUUGUAGAGUUUCCUACGCAGCAGUUCAUGCGUACACGUUGUAACAUAACGGCGAUAGCAAAAUUGUUCUUUCGAACGACGAGAAAGAAGAAACGGGAAAAUCGUUGUACGCGGCGGGAUAUUUUAGCAUUGUAUAAAGCUCCAAGCUACUAGUUUGCAAUCCGUAGUCUCGCGAAGUCUUCUAAUCGUCACGCAAUAACGAUGAUCGUCGGUUCAUCUACUUCAUGAUCGCGAAUUAAUCCAGUAUUCUUUUCUCUUUUUGUUACGUUUAACGUAGAGUAACUUGUCGAGCCGACGUUCGCUCGGUCAGACUUUUAAGAACCGUACUAAUUUUCAGGGACGUUGAUUCAAGUCUUCUCAAGUUCAUUUUCAAAACAGGAAUCGAUAUCAUCUUGCCCGUUGAUUUUUCGUUCCCCGGCUAUAUAUCAUUUCUUUCAUCUCUGGUAAAUACGUUUACGAAUCAAACGCUAGAAACAGGCCAUUUCGUUCAAAUUACAUGUGCAUACAUGCCAACUUGUGUGUGUAUAUGUAUAUGUGUAUAUAAGGAGAAGUAAUAACUCUAUAAGAAUAAGUCUGAAAACGAAACUCGAUUAUUAUUAUUAUUAUUAAUAUUAUUAUUAUUAAUAUUAUUAUUAUUAUAUUAUUAUUAUUACUGUUAUUAUUAUAUUAUUAUACAAUAGUUCAGCACACACGAUGCUUCCUUCUGUGCAUAUAUAGUGUAACGGGCAACAAGUUGACGAACGCACCGUACAUAUUCGUGCAUAGUUCGAUCUGUGAUUCAUUUCUUUUUUUACAAUUCUCAUUCGGAAGAAGGGAAACGAGUCUCCAAAGUACGCCGACACUUUAAAUUAUAUCCAAGAUCGUGCCUCAGAUUAUUCAUCAGUAUUUUAAUAAAAACGAAGGAAAAAAAGGAGGAAG